AUGACUGGUUUCCGCAGAAAGAGGCUGUCUGGGCUAAGUACAUCAUCAGUGAUCAGUAUUCAAGGCCAUAUGGCCGGCACCACCAAGGACGAGGCACAUCUGGCAUCCUCAGGAAGGCCAGCCUCGAUCAGAUCCGGUGAUGGCCGUUCUGUGCCCCAAGCACUUCCACACAAGCAAAUCUACGAUUCCAUUCCACUGGUGGACGAGCAGGCACUGCAGAGGAGCCUCGACUGUGAGGAAAUUGCUUUGAUAAGGACCCAGCAAUUGGAAGAGAAAAGACGAUUCUUAGAGUAUCAGACGAACCUGAUAAAGGACUUACUCGCCGAAAGAGACAGAAGGAAAGCCGAAGCACAGAGGGAACACCAAAGGCGUCUUGCGGAACAGGAAGAAAGAAUCGAGAAAGCUGUAGAAGCACUGGAAGCACGGCAGCUUGAAGACGAGUUGAAGCAACAGAAAGACCACGAAGCCGAAAAACGAGCGAUACAAACACGCCUCAAACAUAUGGAGGCAUAUUGCCAAACUCCUUCACCACCACAAUCGCCCACAAAUCCAGCCUUCGAACUUCGUGCCUCUGUGGACUCGAUGAGGAGUUUGCCCGAACGACAUGUCACGCAGCAACACUACGAGAAUUUAGCACAAGCAUACCAUAUACGAGACAAUAUGGACGGCUUACACGCCUCGAAAAUAAACGUUCUUCGAGGAAAGCAGAAAAAGACUCUGCAAAACUUUAUAAUGAAGAAGGAACGCGAACUAGAACAGAUGGAAAGGGCGCACAAAGCGGAGCUGGACUCCAUCGACGUUGAGUACGCCAGUCAAGAAGCUGAAAUACGACAAGAAUUCUUAUUGAAAAGGACCAAGUUAGAGGCAAGGUGGAAAUUGCAAGCACUUGUUGAGAAGACAAAGGCAGAAAGAAGUACUGGUCUAAAACACGAAGGCCUGCCGGAUGUUAUUGCCGCAGAGGCCUGA